AUGUUGGAGGAUCGGAUCUUGGAAAUGGAACGCAAACUUCUGGAAUGUGAAGAAGCGAUAGAAGCAAUAGACACGGCAAUAGAAUACAAAAAUAAUUUAAUUUGCGGCAAAUCACCAUCAGCUUCUCUCUCAGAUUCUCAAGACAACAAGGACUCUAGGAGUAGAGGGGAACAAAUGUUGAUGGCGCGGCUUGACAAACUAUCGCACGAUGAAAUGAAAACACUGCUUUAUAGAUAUUUCCAAAAGGUGGUGGAUCUGCGAGGAGCGUGCGCGGCGUUGGAGGCUGGCGUAGCUUCUGCUAGCGAAGAGGCCGCAGUAUGGCGCGCCCGUGCUGCUGCAGCUUGGAGGCAUGCGCAACGAUUGAGACCACACGCCCACUCCAGACACUUCCAGUCCAUACAUAGAUGCCUGGACGGAGGUAAUGCCGAGAGGGCCCUAUCUUUGGGCAUCACUACUGAUUCAGAAACAUCUGAUGAUGCCAUGAGAUUGGUCGAUCGUAUGAAACAGCAGCUUGCGCGGUGUCCAGCACCGCCACAAAUACCUAGUCAAAACCUCCGACAGCUGAUGCCAGCAACCAACCUACCAGUGGCCAAGGUGACCAAGGAGAAAAACAAGCUGAUCAUAGUACAACAAAAUAAAAAGCACUGAUAUUUGUACAUACUUUUAUUUGCAGUUAUCAAUUCAGUUUUAUUAUUCAUCUUUAUAAGAUAUCUAAUGUUGUUUAUUGAAGUAACCAUGUAGCCAUAAUAGUUUGUAUUAUGCAUUCUAUUUCUAUUCUACUUUCACUAAACUACUUUACAUAACAUCACAUUUUUGAAAUAUGCAAUGUGUAAAUACAAACACUUAUUCGAAUUUGCAUUAUUUGUAUAUACAUUUGCCAAUUCUAUUCUACUCACUGAAGUGUAUAAAAAUAUAUUCCUUUUCUAUACAUUCAACUAAAUUCGAGCAUUUCAAGAUACGAGAUUAGACGUGUACAUAUUCUAAAUGAAAAAUAUAUAAAAAUAAAUUGAUU